AUAACUUUUUUUUCGAGUGGUUUCAGUUCGAUUAAGAGUCGGUGUAGUGAUUAAAUGUCUCUUCCAAUUUAAAAUAAAUUUUCUUAUAACUUUUUUUUUGACAAAUCUUCAAAAUCUCAAGUAGAUACUUAAAUUGUUUAUUUUAAUUUCCGUUAAAUUUAUUUAUAAUUUGAAGUGUGAAGUGCAGCAUUGAAAUUAUGAAACUCAUCACCAAAGUCGCUGUUCUUCUCAUUAUAGUAAAAUUGGCAAAGACAGCUCCCGACCCAUGCAUGCUGGAAUCGGAAGAGAGUGCAUGUAACCAAACCGAAUACGAGGCGUAUAAAGAAUGCGUUCACAACGAAUCAAAAAAUGAUGUACGCAAACGACGGCAAUCACCCUGUCCGCAGAACAACCUUGAAUCACUGGUAUCUAUUAAAGAAAACUGUAAACGAGCGAAUUUCGACUGUCGCAUCGGCUGUGGUGAUGAUGAAAAUUGCCAAGCACAAUGUCCUGUUUGUCCAAUCAAUGUGGAUGAGUUGAUAGCGUCCAACAACAGUACCGACGAGAGUCACCGUACUAUCAUCGUUGAAAACGAUCAGACUGUAGACAAAUUUCAGACUAUCAAUGCUGCUGGAAACGUUACGACAGUGAUUCGUUUAACAAAUAUUAUCAACACCACUAGUUCGGCGGUUUCGGAGCCGACCGUGGAUGGUGGCAUGCAAUUAGUGAAUGAAACUGGCGGUGAAUUUGGACUUGGGGUCAAUGCUAACGGAUCGUGUUGUUACGUUGUACAUCCAAAAACUUGCACAUCCACAUCAAACGGUCGAAGAUGUCACCACCGCAGAGAAAAAAUGUGUGGAAGAAUAUGUACAGCUAAGGUUGUUCACGUGCAAGCCCGGAGACGGUGUACCAGUAGCGGUUGCCAUAAGAAAAUUUCAUAUAUUCCGCAGCCAAAGCCACCUAAAUGUAUUCAUACACGGAAGUGGCCUUACGUCGCUUGUGGACAAUCACAUUCAUACAGCUCCAAUUGUGAUGGGUGCUACGAUCAUUACGAUGACGAUAAUACCAUUAACGAUAGUAACAACAACGAUUGUGAUGGCUGUUAUGAUGACGGUUUUGAUUACGGUCCACUUUAUCGACAAGGACCAGUGUUCAGGCCAUUAUUUUAUCACGUUCCUCCAUGUUAUAUUGUGGGAACGUGCCUCCCAUAUCCCAUUUCUAUGGACUACGGAUACGGAUACGGAUAUUUUGGUGGACGCUACGACCAUAAACGUCGCCAUCACGAAGAAAUUGAGGACGAAGAACUGGAUUUCGACGAUGUUGAAGAUGCGGAUUACGAUUUGGUAAAAUCAACUGCUCCUGCAAACAAAACUGAUCAUGUGGCCGAUGAUUGGGCGAUAGAAUUGCAGAAAUGUAAAGUGGUUUCCGAUAAUGGAACCAUUGAAAUACGAAAUUGCACGACGGAAGACAUCGAAGAGAAUCCUUAUGCCGGUGCUCCAACCGAUGUUGAAUUCGAUACUGAAGAUGAAGAUUAUGAUGGACUUGACGACGGCAUUCGCAUCGAGCGACAUGCCAGCAAUCAUCAUCAAUUUCGUCGUCCCCGAAUCGUCUAUGUGCCAGUCUUAGAGAAUUUCAAUAACGGUAUGGCUACAAGUGACGAAUACGAUUUCGAUGAAGCGCCACGACAUCGGCGUAAAGUCGGACAAUCAAAAACAUCGGCCAAGCGCAAUCAUCGAAAAGCUCACAUUGUAUAUGACGACGAAGAUGAUGAUGAACCGGUCGACCGUGCCGAUCAGUGAACUUGAGUCGAAUUUUGAAAGUUUUGAAAUAAUUAGUAGUAACAGCAAGUUUGUUUAUUAAAUGUCCCCAACUUCCUAUCCAUGUCUUUACAGGUUUGUCAAUGCAAAAUGCCCGAAAAAUGACAAUUUUUCAUGGUAGUAGCAAUAAUAAGUUCAUUACCAUUCUCCAUAGUUUAUACGAGUGCUUGCGCGAGUAAAUGUGCAUGUCGAUUAUAACAUAUUCGAGUCGUAUGUCAUAUUACACACACACACACACACACACAGUAUGCAAUAAAUGUAUUUUCCAUAAACUCAACUCAAUUAACGUUUGUACUUGGUUAGCGUUCUACAGUUUUAAUUGUUCCACAUCGUUCUACAUGAUUGCCGUUACACGAUAAAUGAUUUUUCCGUUUCAACAAAAAAAAGCGUAAAGAGUGUCGUUUCACUCACACGUACAUGUGGAAUUGAAAAAUCGUAAAGACAAACGCUACUUGUAUGUAGUGGAACAAAUAAAACAAAGAAACAGACGAAACCCACCAAAAUUACAUUCUUAUGAUGAGAUCAGUUUAAAACCAAGCACGGGUUUGCACAUUUUAUACCAAUUUAGAAUUAAAUGUUAUUAAUUAUGUUAAUUACUCAUAGUUAAAUAAACCAGCUGACAGAGCCGACCAAA